AUGGCGGCCUCGAACCUGUCGAGGGACGUGGAUGGCCACGGUGACAACUCCGGCGGCACUUCGCUUCCUCCUCCGCCUCGGCCGGAUAACGGAGGUAGAUACUUACCUUUAGAAGCAAUGUUGCCAUUUCUGGAUCAAACUCUUGUGUCAAGAAUUAUGAGUGUUUCCCCAUAUUUAGCACGUGACGUGUAUAACUGUGAUGUUUCCUGCACACCCUUGAUCCUCAUUCAUAUGAACGAAGAUUUCAGUGUUGGAAACUUCUCAUUGCCAUUAAUUUCUUACAUCAUGGCUGCCUGGGUGGGUUUCAUUAGCUAUUUCAAACAAAAUGGUCUGCACCAUUUCUCAACUGAAACAAGCAUUACUGGUGCAGAGGUCAGCAUAUCUUGGAAACAACAAUCCCUUCUGUCUGGAAACAAUGUCCGCCCAGUCCCAUUGUGGGAAAGAGAAUUCUGCCGUAACGCCAUUUACAUUCCCUGGGAGACCUUCUGCGAAAACAAGCGAUUUAUUGGAUUAUACAGAAACGUCAUGGACUGGGAUGAUUCAGAAGCGUUCAAGAAUUUCGAGGAGGCAAAGGAAAGGUUCAGGGCAAAAUAUUUUGGCGAAGGUGGACCAAACAACAGUAACAAUAACUUCCAUGGAGGUGGAUCGUCUAGCAAUUGGCACCAGCAGGGGGUGGAUCCAGGCCACACGUCAUCCGGGACUGGAAGGAUGCUGAUCGGCGGUGGCACGAUGUGGAUGAGUAGCGCUUUCACUGGCGGUGCCAUGAAGUGGAAUGGUGGUGGUGGCAGAGGCAAUGGCACUGGCAGGAACUGGAAUGUUGGCAGUGGCGGUGGUGGCGGUGGCGGCAAUGGCAAUGGCAAUGGCAGUGGCAGGAACCGGAAUGGUGGCGGUGGAGGUGGUGACAGUAGCAGCAAUUGGAAUUGUUUCGGCCGCGGCAAUCAGAGGAAGCAGCACGAGGGGCAACACGAGCUGAGGAACGGCGGUGGCAUCCAGAGGAACCAGGAGGAGGGGUGGCACCAGAUGAGGAGCGGCGGCCGGCAGCAGCAGGGCCAGGGGAGGAUAAAGAUGGAGUGGCGUCUGGUGCAGCACAACAGGGCUCCCAAAGAUGACCCUGCCGCUUGA